AUGGCUUCAGACUUAUCCAGUCUGGGAGCAGGAUUCAAAUGGAGUCAGUUUCACAUCUGCUUCAUCUGGAUGGGACUCCUGUCAGACCAAGAGGUUUGGUCCGUCUCCUCACCUGCUAUCAGUUUAGCAGGACUUGAUCCAAGCAACAGUGGAGUGAUGCUGGACUGCAGCUCUACAGGCUGGUAUCCAGAACCUGGAAUCUUCUGGCUGGACGGGGAGGGAAGCAUCAUGUCUGCUGGACCUUCAGAGACAACCAGAAGUCCUGAUGGUCUCUACACUGUCAGCAGCAGAAUUACUGUGGAGAAGAGACACAACAACAACGUUACCUGCAGAGUCCAGCAGAAGGACAUCAACCAGACCAGGGAGACACACUUUUAUGUCCAAGAUGGUUCUUUCGUUCCUCAGCCUGACUGCAGUGUUUCUGUCAGCUUUGCUGUGAUUCUUGGUCUCAUGGUUCUUCUUGGAGCUGCUGCUUUCUGCUGGAAAUGGAGACAAACUAAAACCUUGAUGAAGAAGCUAAAAGAAAAAGAGAAUGAAGAGAACCAGAAGCUCUUGAAAGUAGAAAAGCAGAACUUGGCUGAGAAAAUGUUAAACCUUGAGGAGGAGUUAAAAAAGAGAAAUGAGGAUCAGAGAAGCAUUGAUCAGCAGAUUGAAGCAUUAAUGAAGAUGUCAGAGGAACUGAAGGAGCAGAAAAAACGUCUCACUGAUCAAAGAGGGGAGGCAGAGAAAAUGGCUGAUGAGAACGACAGGAAGCUUAGGGCAGUUGAUGAUGAAGUAGAAAAGCAGAAGGAGAACAAGACAGAAAAGAAAGCACAAGGAUACUUAAAACUGAAAGAAAUCAUGGCAGACAGCAAUGAUAGACUGGUUGAGACAAAGAAAAGUCAUCAACAGAUGGAACUGAUGUCACAGAAACUAAUGAGUAGAACUUCUGAUGAGGUCACCAAGCUGAAGGAGAGAAAACAGGAACUAGAGAAACAAGUAGAGGAAAUAAAAACACAACUGAAAGAAAUGGAGACACAGAUUGUUGUACGUUCUUUCAUUUUUAUCUUCAGGAUGGUUCAAAUGCUGGAACAGUUGUCUUUAAACUCCAUGUUCAAAGAAGUUCUGUUUGGCAAAGUCAUGUUUGGAUUCCUUCUCCUCGUAAACACCUGCAAAGGUCAGUCCCUGGAGACAAACCAGCCUCAGCUGGUGACAGCAAUGGUCGGUGAAGACGUUGUUUUACCGUGUCACCUGGGAGUUGCUGUGAACGUUAAUGAGUUGGUGCUGGAAUGGGGGAGACAGGACCUAAACCCCAGAUUUGUGUAUGUGUGGUUUGAAGGAAGUGAAUAUACAGAUGACCAAAACACGGCCUACAGGGGAAGAACGUCACUGUUCACAGACAGACUGAGAGAUGGAGAUGUUUCACUGAGACUCACAGGAGUAAGACACUCUGACAACGCAAGAUUUAGGUGCUACGAUCCAAAAGGGAUGAAAGAAUAUUUUAUUAACCUUCUAGUUGGGUCCGUCUCCUCACCUGCUAUCAGUUUAGCAGGACGUGAUGGAAGCAUCUCUGGAGUGAUGCUGGACUGCAGCUCUGCAGGCUGGUUUCCAGAACCUGAGAUCUUCUGGCUGGACGGGGAGGGAAGCAUCAUCUCUGCUGGAGCUGCAGAGAAAACCAGAAGUCCUGAUGGUCUCUACACUGUCAGGAGCAGAGUUACUGUGGAGAAGAGACACAACAACAACAUUACCUGCAGAGUCCAGCAGAAGAACAUCAACCAGACCAGAGAGACACAAUUUUAUGUCCAAGAUGGUUCCUUCGUUCCUCAGCCUGACUGCAGUGUUUCUGUCAGCUUUACUGUGAUUCUGGCCUUCAUGGUUCUUCUUGGAGCUGCUGCUUUCUGCUGGAACUGGAGAAAAACUAAAACCUUUACAGGACUGAGGCUGUACUGA